AUGAGGACAAUAGUAUGGAACUGUCAAGGUAUUGGGGGUAACCUGACAAUUUCUAGUUUGAAGGAGCAAGUACGGCUCCACACCCCUGACAUAGUGGUGCUUCUGGAAACAAAGACCCGGAGUCAUCGCUAUGAACAUCUUAAGCGGCAACUCAAUAUGGAUUUUUUACAUGCAGUAGAGCCACGAGGGCUCAGUGGAGGUCUAGCAUGUUUUUGGAAGGAUGCGAAUCAAGUUGUUUUUGUCAUUGAAGUAUUGGUUACAGAUUCAGAAACAGGCAGGGCAUGGCGUUUUAAUGUUAUCUAUGCAAGUACAGAUGAUCGCGUCCGACGAGGUCAAUGGAAUAUCCUAAAGGACCGAAUACAUGGAGGGGUUGAACCGUGUUUAGUAAUGGGUGACUUUAAUGAUAUUUUAGAUAGCUCUGAAAAUGAGGGAAGGAACUAUCGUACACUUAAUAGUAUGUAUGAUUUUCGUAGUUUUGUGGCUGAUAGUCAUUUGCUAGAUUUGGGAUAUAUUGGCCAUCCUUUUACUUGGAGGAACAGACGGGAAGGUGGUUUUAUUCAAGAACGACUCGAUCGAGGCCUUGCUACGGAAUCAUGGAUUAAUUUAUAUCCCAAUGCCCAAGUUUUACACCAGUUAUUACCAGGUUCCGAUCUUUCUAUGCUAAUUUUGGAUACGACUCCCAUGGUAAGGAAAUGGAGGAAACGAUUUAUUUUUGACCCUCGAUGGGGAAAAGAGGAGAGGUGUAAGGAAGUAGUUCAUGGUUGUUGGCAAAAGCAAUUUCAAGGUUCCAAGGGCUGCCAAGUAUUUGAAAAAUUGAAAUAUGUGCGGAUGGGGAUUUUGAGAUAG